AUGUCGUUCGAAUUGUCAUCAAACGAGACGUUGAUCGAAAUUUCGUCUCCGCUCAGUGAGCCUCAUCCAUCUGCGAAGCCAUUAAUGGCAGCUGAUGUACGUUCGACUGAUGGCAAAUAUCAUCGUUUAAUAUUCGAUCCAAAUAGACCGCUUAUCCAGUUCACAUUAACUGGAAGCAAUGCCAAACAGCCACCUACUAUGUUAAAAGAUCUUAACGAAUUAUUGAGCGUUCGAGGUACGCCAAUUCGAAUGAGACGCGGCUUACCUGUGGAUUUGAACAAGGAUGCAAAACAAGUGGACACGCCAAAUUCACUGUUUUUGUAUUUUGCUGAAAAGAAGAACAAAUGUCGCUGGCGUAUACGUGAAGUGGUCGCUCGUUUCACCACUUCUAGUGAGAAGAAGCAUUGGCUUGAUGAGCUCAGUAAUGCGCUCAAAGAACUGAAACAACGCCCGAAAACGCUGUUGAUAUUUGUCAAUCCUUAUGGUGGCAAAGGUAAAGCCAAAAAAGUUUACGCCGAGCAGGUGGAGCUAAUUCUUAAAAUGGCAAACAUCGACUGUGAGGUGGUAAUGACGCAGCGUGCAAACCAUGCAUUUGAUGAACUGAAAAACUUAGUCGAUUCGAGGUGGAAGACUGUAGACGGCGUUGUUUCGGUUGGUGGCGAUGGACUGUUCAACGAAUGUCUUUCAGCUAUCGUUUGCAGAUCACAAGAGGAGGCUGACAAAGAUAUAACGGAUAUCAACGUGGAUUGCUUGAAAACUCCUCGAAUGCGUUUCGGAAUUAUUGGUGCUGGAUCAGCCAAUUCUAUUGUUUCGUCGGUGCAUGGGACAGAUGACUGUCCAACAGCGGCGAUUCACAUUGCAAUGGGAAGCCAGUGUUCUGUUGAUGUGUGUACGGUGCAUCGCGGUCACGAUCUGAUGCGCAUAUCAGCUAAUGCUAUCUCUUAUGGUUGGUUGGGCGAUGUGCUCGCUGAUUCAGAACGCUAUCGUUGGAUGGGUCCAUUGAGAUAUCAAUAUUCUGCACUUAGAACGACAAUUCGGAAUCCUUCCUACUUCGGACGUGUAUCAUUUUGUCUGAUCAAUGAAGAUGAUCAGAAGCAACUUGACGCAUUUCCAAAAUGUGCAGAGGGGUGUACCCUUUGUGAAAGUGGCACUAGACGCGAUGGGUCAUAUAUGCAUCAUGUACAAACGGACUUCUCACACGUGAUCGGGUGUGUAAUUCCAUGCGUAAGUCCAUUCACACCAUACGGUUUGGCUCCGUAUGCUGGUGUUGGUGACGGCAGCAUGGAUCUGGCACUGGUGUCGCGUGUAACACGCUGUGCGAAUAUGACUUUCAUGAGUAAGGUUGCGAUGCAUGGGGGUAAGAGUGUUGUGGCCAGAAAUAGUACGUUGAACGUUUUUCGUGUCACCAGAUGGGCGUUCACACCAGCCGCUCUAGUGCAUUCUCAAAAAGGAAAUAAUGGCACGGAUCAAGAAAAUCAAGGAGUUUGGAAUUUGGAUGGGGAGAUUCUACCACAACCUCCCGAUGCAGCGUUCCACUUCCGACUUCAUCCUCGUCUUAUCAAGUAUUUUGGACGUGAACUGGAAAUGAAUCAGUUGAAAACGAAGCGAACUAAGUGUUGUGGUAGUGGAAAAAAGCAGUAUUCGAACAUUAUUAUCGUUGAUCAAAAGUGA